AUGGAACAAUUCACCAACCUGUUAAAUAAAUUUAACAACAGGCUCGCGAACGUAAAAGUCCAGAUUCUCAAUUCAAAAGCGCCGAGUGAUACACGACAAGUCAGCCUAAGCUUUGGUACAGUCAAUGAAACUUUUAAGAAUAGCAAUAAUAAACGUAUCAGAACAAUAGAAACCGUGAGAGAUAAAGAAGUUGACAUCUUUAUCAGGCCAACUAACGUUGAGACACAAAGUAGAGAAGCUGCUCCAAUCGAGACAGAACGAAUGACACAAAUGACUGCAACUAUCUCGCCGCAAACUUCGACACAACAAGACAGUGACAUGUUGGUUGAUGUACAAGAGACAUUAGACAAAAAAGAAAAUGAAAGACUGGAUAACUUUGAGAAAAGAAUGGAUUCAGCAUUUUUAUCCCUUUCUAAUAUGCACCACAUGUUCGAGAACUUUAUGAACAAAAUUACUCCAAAUAGUCAAGAUACCAGUCCGAAUAAUGGAUACAAAGACACAACACCUCCAAACAAUAGUCAAUAA